CGCCCUGCCUGCCCCUCUCACCGCACUCACCUGCGUGUCUUUGACCACCUGCACGGGAGUUUUCACUGUUGUGCGCACGCGUCUCCCUCUCGCGCACGUUGCUUUAAAGAAGGAAUUUUCCGGCGAAGCAGCUGCUGAUAUCUGAGGAAGGCUGUCAGCGCGCUCCUCUCUCACUGAGUUGGCCUGAAUGGAGUAGCUUACCAGUGACAGAUCCACCAAACAUCUGGAUCCGACUACAAGGCAGAGAUCAUCAAAGUAAAAUAAUGGAAGUUCAGUCUGCCCGUGAACCAGCAGGCUUCGUCCUGGCUGACUAUGCAGUCUUUGCCGCCAUGUUGUUCGUAUCUGUGGCCAUUGGACUCUUCCAGGCUCUGAAGAAGAGCUCGGGGGAGGCCACUGCCGAUGACUUCUUUACUGGGGGUCGGAGCAUGCCAGCAGUGCCUGUUGGACUAUCACUCUGUGCCAGUUUUAUGUCAGCAGUCCAGGUUCUGGGUGUUCCUUCUGAGGCCUCCCGCUAUGGCUUUAAAUUCCUCUACAUGUGCCUUGGACAAAGCAUCAACACCUUGCUGACAGCUUAUCUCUUCCUGCCAGUUUUUUUUCGACUGGGCAUCACCAGCACCAAUCAGUAUCUGAAGAUGAGGUUCGGUAGAGAGAUGCAGCUGUUGGGGAGUAUCCAGUUUCUUGUUGCAACGCUGCUUUACACAGGAAUUGUAAUCUACGCACCUGCUUUGAUCCUCAACCAAGCUACUGGACUCAAUUUAUGGGCGUCCCUGUUUUCUACUGGGAUAAUCUGCACUCUGUACACCACACUGGGUGGCAUGAAAGCUGUCAUCUGGACUGAUGUGUUCCAGAUUUGUGUCAUGUUGAUCGGCUUUGUGGCCAUUUUCAUCCACGGCACAGUUCUGGUUGGUGGUCCUGCAGUGGUACUGGAGAUCGCCAAGAAUGGAUCACGCAUUAAUUUCAAUGACUUUGACGUCGACCCCCGGCAGCGCUAUACAUUCUGGAGCCUGUCUGUCGGAGGUGCAUUGGUUUGGCUGUCCAUGUACGGGGUAAACCAAGCUCAAGUCCAGCGCUAUAUCUCCUGCAGAACAGAAAGGGAGGCCCAGUGGGCGCUGUUUGUGAACCAAGUGGGUCUGUGCCUGAUUGUGACGAGUGCAGCAACCUGCGGAAUCGUCAUGUUCGCUUAUUACAUCAACUGUGAUCCGCUGAAAUCUGGGAGGAUUUCUGCCCCUGAUCUGUACAUGCCGUACUUCGUGUUGGACAUAUUCAGAAGUCACCCUGGCUUUCCAGGCCUUUUCCUUGCCUGUGCAUACAGCGGGACUCUGAGCACGGCCUCCACGAGUAUCAAUGCAAUGGCUGCAGUAACAGUGGAGGAUCUGCUCCGCCCUCAUCUGCUCCACAUGACCCAGAAGAAACUGGUGCUCAUUUCCAAAGGACUGUCAUUGCUGUAUGGAGUUAGCUGUAUGACCAUAGCUGCUCUCUCUUCCUUCCUGGACUGGGGAGUGCUUCAGGGCUCGUUCACCGUCAUGGGUGUGGUCAGCGGUCCAUUACUGGGAGUGUUCAUCUUGGGGAUGUUUGUCUCUGCAACAAACAAACUGGGGGCGUUCUUAGGAAUAUUUGCGGGCUUCUGUGUCUCUCUGUGGCUGGCUGUUGGUUCAACUUUUUAUCCACCCAGCGAGGAGACCAUGGGUGUCUUGCCCAGCUACACAGGCAAGUGUGGACCCAUCAGCAACAUCACCCAGGACAGCAGCCCUGUUCAGGACCAACACUCCAUCCUCACCCCGCUUCGCCCCAAUAACCUGGGGGGCCUGCAAAACUUCUACUCCAUGUCCUACCUCUAUUUCGGAGCCAUGGCAACUAGUUCGGUGGUGAUAGUUGGGAUGGUCGUGAGCUAUGCAACAGGACCAACAGAGAGGAAUCAUAUCAAAGAGGGUUUGUUAUGGUGGGAUCUGAACAAAAAUAAAGUGGAGCUUCCAUUAGAGCACAGAAGAAACGAAAGGACAAGGCAAGAUAAACCGCAGCUUGUGCCUUUGAGGGAACUACACAAAGAAGACACAAAAGAAAAAGGAGAACCAAUAGAUGCUGGAAAUGUUCAAUCCCCACUCAGAGUUUAGGUGUUGGGCAACUAAAAGAUUUUAUCCCAAAUAGCACUGAUGGCAGUGGAAUUUUCUCUCUAGUCGUACAUACCAAUUUUGGACUAGUCUAAAGUAGUAGUUUAGGAAAUAAGUGUUGCAAUGAACAGGGAAAAAAAAAUCCUUUCCCGGAUUCUGAAAACUUCUGUGUCUUUUGGGGUUCUGAGUCUGCCCCAUAUUUAAAGCUAUAUUUAGGUAAAACAAACGACUAUUUCAAAAAUCUAUCUCUAAAAGUGUGAUUGAAGGCCUUUAUAAUUGUGCCAAAGAACGUAUAGACUGUAAUCAAAUACUCUGCGGUGUUAUCUGAAUUCCUUUAAUGUUGAAAGCAUCUUUCAUCAGGACAUUCAUUUUGGUAUGUCCCAUAUCUGUAGCGAUGCCCACCUGCACUUCAGCCAGUGUUAAAGGAAAUGUGAGCCGUGUGCUCAUUUCCACUCAUUUUCUUGUUCCCUUGUUUCUUACGCUUCAUGUCUUUCCCUUUUGUUAACUAAAACUUCCUCUUAAAGGGACAGUAAGGAGACAUGAUGAGAUCCUUCACGUAAAUAUCUUCACAGAGACAUUCUCAACAACUAGUUAUUAUUCAUCCAGUCCACCCACAACUGGCAUCAGAUGAUUCAAACUAAUUUACCAUUAACAUCAGUGUUAUAUGUGAACAAAAUCCACUACUAAAUCCUGGACUGGAUUCAAAACAGCAGGGAAACAUGAAAAUAUCCUCUGUUAAGAACAGUUUUUUAAUGGCACUUUGUGGAUAAAUAAUGUUUCCUUGAGCUUGACUCUGAUUGCUGCUAUUCAUACACGUCAGAUAAGCCACUGGUUGGCUCCAGUUUCAUUGGAGGAACAUUAAAAUUAGAAAGAACACAAUCUAAUCUCAUAAAACAUAAAAACAUAAAAGUUUAUUUCAUGAGCAGUAAAACAACUUUGCUAUUCAUAGUAAGCAUAAUAAAUUGGCUUUAUGACUUUUUUCUACUUGUGCUACAGUUUCAGUGUUUUAGCACUGAUCUAUAAGUUAUGUAUUAUACUUCAUAAUGCACAACUUAUAACAACAUUGAUUAAUAUAUAUUCAUCAUUACAAGUCUUUCUCCCUGUAACUACAUGCAUGUUUAACAUACCCAGUGAAACGGAAACUGGCUGUUAUCACCAUAAAUCAUAAAUUGUAAAUCAUUUCCUGUGCAUCUUGUACUUUUUGCUCACAGCAAGUCGGCGGCAGAUUCUGAGUAACGAUACCCAGCUGAAAUGUCACUUGCUGACUCCCCAAAUGCCUGUGGAGGCUUUGGGCACACCUCAACAAGUAGCCAAUUCAAAUUAUGGCAAAGUGUAGGUUCAGGUUUGUUAUCAGUAGAGGAGGAUCAGUACUGCAGCAGCACUGAGUUCAUACUUAAGUUAAAGUACUGAUGCCACUGAAAAGACAAGUUUUGGUGACAUGUUUUGCAUUCAAAGCUUAAAUAAAAGCCUGUGAGUGUUACUGGGAGGAUAAACUUUUAGUAUAAACGAAUAUGUGUAAAUAUAACUUAAAUAUUUUUGCGGCUCUCUAACAUUUUGAAGAUUUUAGUUUAUCCUUUUGUAAAUGUGGUACCGUACAGAUUUUAAGUGAAACAAAAUACAACCAAAAAUAAAGU